AUGGCUCGUAAAGGACAGGUUUCGAUUCAAGAUACGGUGGAGACAAAUGAAGAUUUCGAAGCUUAUUUACAAUCUCAUUUCCAUCAAUUGAUAUGUAUGGAAGUAUAUUCUGAGUUUUGUGGCUAUUGCCUCGCCACAGGCAAUGCUAUCAGAAAAGGGAAGUUAGAAAUAGGACAGGACAGGAUUGCUAUGGUCAAGGCACUUGCAGAUAAUAUUGAUGCUCUAGCAAGGUUCAAGAAUCGAAGUGAACCAGUAUUCCUUUUUAUCAUGAAAGGGAAACUAACGCGUGCCAUGUUUGGCGCGAACGGCAUAGAGCUAUGUCGCAUCAUGGAAGAAGAGUUAGGGUUCAUGCAGAGAGAGAAAGAUACCGGAGUGGAGAGGCAUAAGCAGGAGAUUCAUGAGAUGCUGCCUGAGGAAGCUGCUAAAAUCAAAGAAGAUUUGAAAUUAGAAGAAGAAGCGCGCGAAAACACGGAACGGUUGCGUGUGCUGACGUUAGCUGCGCGCAAGAAGCGUGUCUGCGAGCGACUGGCAGCUCACGUCAGACGCAUCAACUUCAUCAUGUUCUGGCCGCACUGCCACAAGGCGCACUAUGAUCUGUAUGAGAAGUGGGAUAUGAUUAACAUACAAGUAGCAGCAAAGGAAACGUUCAUAAUAACAGAAGAGGGUGCUAAAGAGGCCCUCUACAUGAGCGACGUGGAGCCCAACGAGGCUUGCCUGCAUGCUCUCAUGAAUGGAGAAACCUUGGUUGUUGUGUUCAAGAUGUUUGACACGGAUAAUAGGGACUUUGUUAAACUAUUACGGCACGCGCUCUAUGAAGAGAUCCCAAUACCAAAAGAAGACGUGCCCCCUGAGAAGCAAGUGCCCCCGAUACCGGCGUACGAAAGAUAUGCGAGUAUCAGCAAGACGGCCAGGGAAGUUCGCAGGGAGCGGUAUGAGGCCAAAAUGCAGAAAUUGCGUGAAGAAAAAGAAGAGAGGGAGCGUCUAGCGGCAGAACAAGCACGACUGGCGCGGGAGGCGGAGGAGGAGCGGCAAAGAAUUGAGAAGCAAAGACAGGAAGAAGAACGGAUGGCUAGGAUACAAGCUGGGUUACCAGCGGAUCCGGAGCCUCAGGAAACUGGAGAGGAAGUGGAAGUGGAAGAAACUGAAAAAGCAGAGACUGAGCAAGGAGACAACCCCGAAGAAGAAGAGAAAGUAGAAGAGGAAGAGGAGUUCCACUCUGACGUAUCUGUAGAUGGAGAGGAGUACAUCCCUCCGGGAGGUCUGUUCGUGCCUGGGCUCUACUCGCCGCCCAACGAUCUGGCUAAAGCUAACGGUCUAGCUUACUUCUAUCCAAAGAUUGUAUCAGAAUUAGCCACAAUCGAGUCGGAGUUCCUCCCUCCGCACGUGCUAGUGAUGUUCUCUAUCGAUAAACGGCAAGACGUUAAGGAGAUAAUGGAUCAGUAUCCAGAGGACAUCCUUAAUUAUGGUAUCUUCAUUGGCGACGACCCCUACUCCGCAGAGCACUUAGCAUACACGAUCAAGCAGUAUAACAAGAUGGAGAGAGUGAGGAAACACAAAGACCGUCUGGCUAUAAUGGUGUCCCGCAAGCGAAGUCUGGCACUACUGCAGCUAGCUGGUCUGAAUCCGUGCUACAUCUCCUCUGACGUGGCGUCUGGCGAGAAGGAGUGCCUCACCAUGUUCCCGGUUGGCUACGGGGAUGAUUACUUCGAGGAGGAAAGCGUUCAGGAGGAGGAGGUUACGGAAGUGGUCGCAGUAACGGAACCUGUGGAAUCUGCUGAACCUGAUGUCACAGAAGAAGCAAAAGGCGAUGAAGACGAGGAUGAAGAUGAAGAUUAA